GGGAUUGUGGCAGGGCCGGCCGUGCUGAAUCGAUCUAGUGGUAGUUAGUGGCGAUCAGCGAUGGGAAGUCUGACCUGGACCGAUGCUUGUUUUCCAAGGGCAGUUGUGUGAUUAUUGGGAUUUGUUACUACUGUAAUUCAUUUUUGGGUUUUUUAUUGUAGUAAAUACGACCUCGAUACGCCUCAGUUUUUUUAUAUACUUAAGGGGAUGCUUUUUUGUUUGUCUCUUGGGGGAGAAAAAUAAAUUUUGGAAUGAUAGAAACUGAUGGAUCAUAUUUCUGAAAGUCUAAAUUUUUAAAUUUUCUGACUCGUCCAAAGAAAUGAUUUCCGGAGACCUUCCAUCUCCUUUGAUGUAUUACUUGUGUUAAGUUAUGAUUGAGUACCGUACAUAUUGAAGAGAAAUAUAUUAUGGCGAGAGUAAGAAUUGUGAGAAAUCAAUUACCAAUUUUCUUUUUUUUUUCAAAAUAGAAUUGGCAUUUAAUAUUUGAGGACUAAAAUAUUUUGGGGAAUACGAAUUCCUUUACCUUUGAGAAUUGAUUUCAAAGAAGCUGUGGAGGAAAAGAAUAUGCAGUGCAAGAUACUAUUCUAUGUAUGGACAUGUGGCAAAGCUAGCUGAAGAAAUCCAAAAAGGUGUUAAUUCUGUUGAAGGAGUCGAAGUAAAGCUUUGGCAGGUUCCUGAGACUCUGUCUGAAGAAGUUAUCGGAAAGAUGGGAGCACCUCCUAAGAGUGAUGUGCCGAUCAUCCAACCAAACGAUCUUGCUGAAGCAGACGGAAUUCUGCUUGGCUUCCCGACUAGGUUCGGGAUGAUGGCUGCUCAAUUCAAAGCUUUCAUCGACGCCACAGGAGGACUCUGGAGAUCUCAGGCUCUAGCCGGCAAGCCUGCAGGAAUUUUCUAUAGCACUGGAUCACAAGGCGGUGGACAAGAGACUACUCCAUUGACGGCCAUAACUCAGUUGGCUCAUCAUGGGAUGAUCUUCGUCCCAAUUGGGUACACUUUCGGCGCUGGCAUGUUUGAGAUGGCCGACGUGAAGGGCGGCAGCCCUUACGGCGCUGGCACAUAUGCUGGAGACGGCUCGAGGAACCCGUCCCAGCUUGAGCUGGAACAGGCUUUCCACCAAGGCAAGUACUUCGCCACCAUUGCCAAGAAGCUCAAAGCUUCCUCCUGAUCAAACCCCCCCCCCCUUCCUUUUUUUUUAAUAUUUCCCCAUUGAUGAAAUGGUGUUGGCUUCACGAAUAAAGCAUUUUAGGUUUUGUUAUUAUUGCUGAUAGAACAUUUAUGCAGUGUAUUGCUUUACUUUGUUAUUUGGUAUGGAUUCCGGUGGUUAUUUCUGUUA